CAUCUCUGCCUUCGUCUCAUACUGAGGUGAGGCUCUGCCUCUCAAUAUACCUGUACAUACAGAAACUUGUUGUCUAUCUUGGUUAUGGCGGUGUUAUCACAGACGAAAGAAAUGGAUCGGAUCAAGGGCCCGUGGAGCCCGGAAGAGGAUGCGUUGUUGCAGAGGUUGGUCGAGAAGCAUGGACCCAGGAACUGGUCUUUGAUUAGCAAAUCGAUUCCGGGACGGUCUGGGAAAUCGUGCAGGUUGCGGUGGUGCAACCAGCUUUCCCCUGAAGUCCAGCAUCGGGCUUUCACACCUGAAGAAGAUGAGAAAAUCAUUCGGGCUCACGCGAAAUUUGGCAACAAGUGGGCUACCAUAUCACGAUUAUUGUCGGGCCGGACGGAUAAUGCCAUCAAGAAUCAUUGGAACUCGACUCUGAAGCGUAAGUGCUUUUCGAUGUGCGAAGAGUUCAAUAAUUUUGAGCCUGAAACUCAACAGCCAUUGAAAAGAUCUUCAAGCGUCGGGCCGGGUACAGUGAUUUCUAACUCGGGUCUUAACUUCGAUCCUAGCAGUCCAUCCGGAUCCGAUUUGAGCGAAUCAAGCCUCUCGGGUCAUCAAAUUUACCGACCCAUUGCAAGAACCGGAGGGAUCUCUCCUCCUCAUCCUACGCCUUCUCAACCAGACCUCCUCACAUCACUUAGCCUUUCCUUACCUGGGUCGGGUUCCAAUUCAAAACCCGUUUUAGAGUCCUUUCCCCCACAAAUGAAACCUGUAUCAGACCCGACCCCUAAACCUUCACGGGAGCCGGAUCGUAAAUCAGGGUCCACUAUGCACCAUACACAGAUAAUCCAGUCUCCGGCACCACCUGUCCAAGCUUCUCAGAUGACUUUGGCACCGCCGCCGCCACUGUCUCAGCAGUUUACUGCGGCAGCUAAACCUGCAGUUGGGGAGGUGGCUAUGCCAUCCCAGGUUGAUGCGGACAAACAGUUUUUUAGCCCUGAGUUCUUGGCAACUCUGCAGGAGAUGAUAAGGAAAGAGGUGCGGAAUUACAUGGCCGGGAUCGAGCCCAACAGGUUUUUGAUGCAGACAGAUGCGAUAAGGAAUGCAGUGGUGAAGCGAAUUGGGAUAAGCAAGAUUGACUAGUGAGUGAUCGAAUGAAUUCAAAAUCAAGACUCGUGGAAGAAUAGUUUUUGGAACGGGUGAAUUGGGAUGGGGUUUAAUGGCUGCAGAAUGAACUUAAUUUCGUUUUGUAGAUUUCUUAGCUUCGUUCUACAAAAAUAAUUCUGAGGUAUUGUAUAGAUGAAUCAAUGAAGGAGUAAGGGUUAAUGCUGAAUCGAGUUAGGUUUGAGCAAA